AUGGAAGCCCCUGAAUACCUUGAUUUGGAUGAAAUAGAUUUUAGUGAUGAUGUAUCGUAUUCUGUAACUUCUCUGAAGACCAUCCCAGAGUUAUGUAGAAGGUGUGAUUCACAAAAUGAAGACAGAUCAGUUUCCAGCAGCAGCUGGAACUGCGGAGUCUCAACUCUUAUUGGAAAUGCACAGAAACCAACAGGAAUUGCAGACAAAUUCAGACCAGUGAAGAGGGUUUCCCCAUUAAAACAUCAGCCUGAAAGCUGUGAGAACAAUGAAAGUGAUGACCAGAAGAACCAGAAGGGAGAAUACCAGAAAGGCAGUGAUUCUCAGUCUCCACCUCCAAAUGAUGACCAGAAUCCAGGAGGAGAGAGCCUUAAAAGCAAAAACAUCGAGCCCACUGUUCUGCCUGGGGAGCUGGAGCACUAUGACCUGGAUAUGGAUGAAAUUUUGGAUGUGCCUUAUAUUAAAUCAAGCCUGCAACUUGUUCCUUUUACAAAGGUAGCUCCUGAGAAAAAACUUUUGGGUGUAUGUUCAACAAUCAGUGGUCUUAGUGGCAAGACCUGCUCUGCAGGGAGCACAGAGAGCUUGCCUGCCAGUGGGACACAAUUCUAUGUGCUGUCUCCUGUGAAAGGCACUCAGCUGAGAAAAACACAGCCCAUUGUCCUUGAUCAGCACAAGCAUGUAACAGAAGAAUUAGAGCUUUCCCAGCCUUUGGUUAAGUGUAGCUCAGUCCAUGAAUCUGAAGCCCAGGGCAAGGGCUUCCUCAGUAGGACAUUUGUUGAUCCUCAUGCUCACAAAACUGAGAAGACUAUGCCAAACUGCCACCUGAGGACUUUCCACCUGCAGACGGCAGUGGCAGAAAGCAAGCAGCUAGACGAACUGAGCAUGAACUGGAGCAGUGCAGGGGGCCCAGAGGACAGAAGUGAAGAGGUGAAAAAAAUUAAGAGCAUCUUAAACAUUGUAAAAGAAGGCCAAAUAUCUUUGCUGCCACAUUUAGCAGCAGAUAAUCUGGAUAAGAUCCAUGAUGAAUGUGACAACAAUCUGUUGCACUUAGCAGCAUCAAAGGGACAUGCAGAAUGCCUGCAGCAUCUCACUUCCUUGAUGGGUGAAGACUGUUUGAAUGAACGAAACAUUGAGCAGCUAACUCCAGCUGGAUUAGCAAUAAAGAACGGUCAGCUGGAGUGUGUUCGGUGGAUGGUGAGCGAAACAGAAGCUAUCGCAGAAUUAAGUUGCUCGAAAGACCACCCAAGCCUUAUUCAUUAUGCAGGUUGCUAUGGCCAG